UGGCAAUCGUUGUAAUAGAUGAGUACAUAUAACUGACUUUAUUUCAGGAGGCAGACGAUUGCUGUUUGUCAUUGCUUGAAGAUCGUUAUGACAAAUUUAAGAAUACAAAUGAAUCCGUCUUUGACAUCAUGUACACCCUUAAUUUGUUUGAUAAGUCUAUUAACUUGCCUACCAGAAAGCUUGUCUACGACUACAACACCUGAAAAAACCGUCCAUGAAACUUGUAAUAUGUGCUGCCACGGGCCGCCUGGGCAACCUGGGAUUCCUGGAGUUCCAGGAACAUCUGGAGGACCAUCUGGUAGUAAGGGUGACAGAGGUGAGUUUGUCCGAGGUGAAAAAGGAGAUAGAGGCGAAAAAGGAGAACCGGGAAAUGAAGGUUCAAAAGGUAAUAAAGGAAACGAAGGAUCUCCAGGUAAACAAGGCCCGCUUGGACAAAUAGGACCACAAGGACUACAAGGGAACAAUGGAUCAAAAGGAGAAAAGGGCGAAUCACCGGAAGUCCUUAAAUCUGCGUUUACUGCAGUACGCACCACUCACGUACCCACUUCAGAAUCAAUCAUUCUAUUCACGUCAAUGGAGAUUAAUGUCGGAGAAGACUUCGAUAAGAAUACCGGAAAGUUUACAUGUAGAAUUUCGGGUUUUUAUUACUUCAUGUUUAGUUUUUUGUCGGCAAGUGGUUAUGAUCCGUAUGUUAAAAUGAAGUUAAAUGGGCGAGAUAUCACAACCGUAUAUCAUAGUACCACUACUAGUAAUGAUCAGUUAAGUUCUGGAGCAACAGUUCAACUGAAUGUCGGCGAUGAAGUCUGGCUGACGAACGAAGGUAGACAAGUCUAUGUUAUGAACAUCGUCAUUUUGGUCUCGUGAUGAGCAGUGUGGUGUCUUUCAUCAAAGUUCAAUUCAAUUUCGGCGCAUUUAUUCAUCGUGCUCCUAAUGUUAAAGAAGGACCUC